AAGGAAAGGGAAAAGAGAGGGAACGAGAGAGAAGGAUAAGGAGGGAGGAAAGAAGAGAAGUAGCAGGAGAGAGAGGGGCAGAGAUAAAGAGGGAGAUAAAAAGAGACGGAGAGGGAAAAAGGAAGAAAGAAGUGCGAGAGAGAGAGAGGGAGAGUGGAGAGAGUGAGGAGGGAAGUGGGGGGGAGAAACAGUCCUUGUACUAGGGCGGGAGAGUUGGCUAGGAAAAGCAAAGGCAGCAGGACUCUCUUUUUUACCCUGGGGGCUCCAAUGAGGAGCUGCAUCCAGCCCCAGCCCGCGGAGAUGCUGCAGCUGCUGCUGCUGCUGUCGCCGCAGCCGGGUCUCCUAGUGCACCGUGGGUACCCCCAAUCACUUCCUACGGACCAGGCCAAUCAGGCAGCUCAGGGGCUUGCAUUUUGGCAGAUGCACCCCAUUAUUGCUGCUCCCCUACUGAGCCCGGGGGCUGGAGCCUGGAAGCCUCUGCGCAGGGACUAGUAUCCCUGACUCUUAAUGAUUUUCCUAUAAUCUCUGGCCCAAGGGGCACGGUGCCUGCAGACCCGCUAAAGUGAUAGAGUGAAGGAGAAAAGGGAAGGCCCGGAGGGUGCAUAAUGAAGGUCCCCAUGGGCAUCCGGAGGCUGAGGUGGAAGCUCAGUAGACGCUGCACCAUCCUCUUCGUUCUCUUCUGGACCGUUUGCUGGGUGCUAGUGGCCACACUUUUCCUUCAAGUCCACAGGAGCGUCUUUUCUGAGCGCUGCACAGACGAAAAGAGCCGGAGGAUCCUGGCUGGGCUGUGUCAUGACUACCAAGGGGGCACGCUGAUGGGAGACCUUUGUGAAGACCUGUGUGUGGCUGGCAAGCUGGUGUACCAGCGUUGCCUCUACUAUGAGAGGGGCAAGAAAGUUCUUCAGGCUACCUGGCAUGGCCAGCCUGUUGUCCUAAAAUCCAAGAAGGAGGCCUUCUCCAACUUCCAACCCCUUGACUUAUUGGAUGAGGAGGUGGAGGGUAGCAAAGACUUCCCUGAGGCAGAACUCCUCCUAAUGGUAGCCAUAGAGGUCAAGAAUGCUCUGGGUCUAGAGCUCUCCAACAGCACCAUGGGGCCCCUGUGGUCAGGGAGAAGGGGGCCUCACUGGAAAGUCCAGGUAGCCAGCAUGUGGUCACUGCUUCAGCAGGAGGAGUAUAUCUACUUCAGCCUUCUACAAGACUUCAGCCGCCAUGUCCUACAGGUGCUGGGUUCCUGUGGCCACUUCUAUGCAGUUGAAUACCUUGCUGCUGGACAUCCCCGACACAGAACACUUUUUCCUCUGGAAGAGGCUAUUGGCAUCCCACUUGUGAGUGACCAGGGCCAGGCAAAGGCCAUCAACAACAUUGCCCUCAGCUUCUUGGACAUGGUAAACCAUUUUGAUAAUGACUUCUCCCAUCGCCUUCACCUCUGUGAUAUCAAACCAGAAAAUUUUGCCAUAAGGAGUGACUUCACAGUGGUCGCUAUUGAUGUGGAUAUGGCCUUUUUUGAACCUAAGAUGAGGGAUAUCCUUGAACAGAACUGCACAGGAGAUGAAGACUGCAACUUCUUUGACUGUUUUUCGAAGUGUGAUCUCAGAAUCAACAAAUGUGGUGCACAGAGAGUCAAUAACAACCUGCAGGUGAUCUGUGACAAAAUAUUUCGACACUGGUUUCCUUCCAAUUUUAGAAAUUCUGCCAUCACUUUGCAGCUCCAGGAACAGUUAGAGAAGGCUGUUCAUGAAUGUGCAGACCCUGGAACCCAAGACAUGCCUCACCACCAGAGAGUGUCUCCAAACUCUUUCUCUGAACUAUAUCGAUUGCUUCAGGCUACUCAAAGGGAACUUCAGAAAUCAGAGGAUUAGCUUUUUCCAAACGACUCUGUACUAUUUCCACUGCAUUUGUUUAUUCCAAGUCACACAGUAGUAUGUUUUGUUUUUUGUUUUUGUACUGUGCAAAUGAAACAUCCAUGAAGAUGCUACGGAUAUUAUCAUGGCUCUUUGAAGUGUGAAAUUGCCUUAUGUUAUUUCAGUCCCAGCUCUGGCCUUCUUGAUGUGUACUUCCCUCCACUCUGUCUCUUGCCUGGUUUGAUUUACCUAAGCUGUUUGAAGAACAGGGUGAUACAUAUAAACACUGGCUCUGAGGUCAAAAAGGAAGUGUGGAAGAGUGGGUGCAAAGAUAAUUUUGUUUUAGGAGGAGGGGCAUGCAGUUGGUAAACAGCCAAAAUAUGUCUCUGAAGAGAAAGAUUUGGUUUUUUCUGGUACAAGGAAGAUCUUAAACUCCUUUCUGUCAUUUAUAGUAAAAAGAAGUAUCUAAAAAUAUGUGUUGGAUAUAUGCAGGGUUUGCCAAUGUGCUCAGUGGUUAACUAAGCCAGUAAAAGGCAGCCAAUUUGUGCUGGAGUGAAAACUUUUAUCAAACUUGAGGAAAAUGUGGCACCUUCAAGGAAGAGAAUUAGUGUUGGAGAAUAAUUAAUUUACUAAGUAUCUUUCAUUUCAAAAAUGAGUCUACCAUGAGUGAAUGAAUGAAAAGGUGGUUAAUAAUUGCUUAUUGUCUUUUAGCUAACUUUGGAGUUUUUACUAAUAAUCUGAUAACUACUUUUUUAUUCUAUCCUUCCAGAUCAAAGAGCAGACUUUGUGAAAGAAGCAAAAGCAAAAGUAGUUGAAUAAUUCAUUCAUAACUCUGUUAUUAGCAUCAUCCUGUCCAAAUCCUGUUUUCCUUGCUCAUCCUCUUGCUUCUAACACUAUUUUGGGGUAAAUAUUAUUGUUAUCAUUAGCAUUUAUUACUAGUUUUGGCUCACUUCAGAUUUUAUCAUUAUUGGCACUAUUCCUUUGGAACUAUGUUACUCUUCAUCUCCAUUCUCAGUUACUUGCUCUUGCUUCUAUCUUCAUCCAUCCAUCCAUCCAUCCAUCCAACAAUAUUCAAGAUCCAUUCAAUAAGCAUCUGAAUACUUACUAUGUGUCAGGCACUGUGCAAGGUGUUGGGGAUAAAAAGAGCAUACCUUUUACAAUCUGAAUUAUUUGGUAAGUUUCUUAUGCUUUCGCCUCAGACCUUGCCUUUUAUACUUCUUAUCAGACUCAUUUUUAUUCUUGUGUCUUCAGAAUUUCAUUCAUGACAAAUUUCUCUUGGGCAAACUUCUUCCAAACUGUGCUUUCUCUGAGCUUUAUGAAAUCUGCUCUAUCCAAGCAUAGAGCUAGGCUUUCCUCUCCCCUUUCAAAGAUUCUAUAAUGGAAGGUAUUUGUUCUCCUACAUUUCCUGUUGUUUCUACUUCCACAACCAAGUAUCUCCAUGUUGAUCAGAAUUGGGUUCAAAAUAGCCUUUUUUCUUAUUCCUUCCUCAACUUUUAAAAAACUUUUACCCUCUAUAAUAUUGUCAAUUCUAAGACAGAAGAGUGGCAAGGACUAGGCAAUCAAGUUUAAGCGAUUUGCCCAGGGUCACCUAGCUAGGACCUUCUACAACUUUAGGAAGGAUGAAACUAUCAUUAUUUUAAAUCACAAAUAUAUCAGUUGCUUUGCUUUUGGUAUAAAAGGCAAUGUGGUAUAGAGGAUAGAGAACUGGCCUCAAAGUCAAGAAAAUCUGAGUUUACAGAUUACCACUGACUACAUACUGGUUGUGUAACACUGAGAAGGUCACUAAUUUUAUUACUGAGCUAAACAAAUUUCUAAGAUUCUAAGUUGUAGAGAAAGGGCCAACUUGUAUGAGUAGAAACAAUUUCCUUUCCUUGAACUUGCCUAUGCCAGUAAAAUCACAUGUCUGGGACCUAGUCACACCAGUUUUUGGUAGAGAAAGAGUUCCAGCAGAAGUCUAGGGAACUGAAAUUUUUCAUCAUGUAUUCUUUGAUGCCAAUUUCUCUUUUUCUGUCCUAGUUGCUUAUAAUAUUAUUUCUGCAACAGUAUUUCUUCUUUUUUUAAUUAUUCAUAUGAUCUGUACCAUAUUUCUCCCUUUUGGUUCCCAGAUUUAUUCAUAGGUAUAUGUCUUUUUUAAUGUGCGACCCAAUACCAAUAUUCUUUUUUAUACUUUUACUUUGAAUAAGAUUCAUAUGCUUCUACUAUCCAGUCAUAGAUCCCAUCCCUCCAAGUUUCAGUGGUAAUUAUGAGGUCAAAUAUGGCUCUUUGCAUUAAAAUCUCUUUUCACACUAUUUAUUACCCAUAUGUUGUUCAUUUAUGCAUAAAUACUUGAGACUAUGGAUUUUAUUGCUGGAUCUUUUCUUAGAUAUUGUUUCUUAUGAAUUACUCAUCCUUUCUUCCAUUCUUCUCUCUGUGUUCUAUGAACAAUUUGUACUUUUUUCUUCUUUUUCUCUCUUGCCUAAAUAUCUGUGUGUGUGUGUGUGUGUGUGUGUGUGUGUGUGCGUGCAAUCCAUAGGCCCUUAAGUAUACUCAAUCCCUGGCCAAGAGACUAUCAUUCUUAAAUUUUAAGUGGUCAUCCUGAAAUCCUAAUCCUCUUUACAAAUAAUAUCUUCUUAGCAAGAUGUUAAUUUAUAAAAUCUAUCUUUGUCCUUUGAAUAUUUUACCUUUAAGCAGUAAUGCUACACAUAGUAAUAAAUGUGUGCCAAAAGGCUUCAGGGUUUUUUUUUAACCUAUAACUUUGCAAUAGUUUUUGGGUUCCUCCUGGAUGUAUCAUUUGAUACACAUGAAUAACCCAAAAUUGGUAGCAUUCAUUCAGUAUGACAAAUUUUGGACAGCUCUUAUCCAUUGCAUCCUGGCCACAUUCCUAUGAAAGACAAUAGACUGGUCUGUUAUUUAUGUUAGGUUGACAAAUAACUGUUUAAGAACCCCUCAGCAGGGAGUUCCCAACCACUGCUGCUUGUCUCUUUUUCUCCUGACCAUUUCUGGAUUAUAGGAUACUUGAUAGGACCCAUGAAGUCAUAUCAUCAUUUAUUGGAGAGGAGGAAAAAAUACUGUUUUCUCCAGAGAUAGUCCAGUUUCCUGCUACAGUAAUAGCCUGUCUAUUACUCAAUUCCAAAUGAUCAAUAGUCUGUUGUUUCCUUCCUUGUCCAUGAUACAUUUUUUUUCAUCUGAGCAUUCAUUUGCCUGAUUAAUCUAGAGAGGAGAGAUUUGCCCCACUAGCUCUUUCAUUUUCUCCUCUAGGACAGCACUAAUAUCUACUUUCAACAUAUGCAUGCUACUUGUUAUUGACAGAAAUAGAAAUAGCACACUCUCUACAAGUCCUUGCAAAAUUCUUGUUCUCUAUACACAAGUUUGAAAGCAAAAUCCACAACCUUUUGUUACCUUCUUGUUUCCUCCAUUUCUUUUUAAUUUGUUAUUUGUUUUAAAUAUUCUUUUCUUUUUAAAUUUUGAUUUCCAAAUUCUUUAAGACAAGCAAUAUGAUAUCAAUUAUACUUGUGAAAUAAUGUAAAACAUAUUUCUAUAUUAGUCAUAUUUCAUAAAAAAGCAAGAAAAACAAAGAAGGUAGGAAAAUCACUCAUCAGUUUGUGCUCAGAGUUCAUCAAAUAACUGGAGGCAGAUAGUAUUUUUUCAUCCUGGUCCUUUGGAAUUGUCUUGGGACAGUAUAUCUCCUUGUUCUUAAAAGAAUAUUCAGCUUUCUGUCCUUGUGCAUGUUUGUUGGGGUAUGAGGAAAAGUAGCAAAACUAAAUUUAUUUAGCAUACUGCAAACACAAGUCAUGACAAACAAGUAUAUAGAAGCACCUAGAAUCCAUUUUCCAGGAAUCUAAUUUUCUAAUUAGAGCCAUCUACAUCUUUCCACUUUGCUAUUCAUCUACAGAUAUCUCCCUGAGCAAGUGGUAUACUUUUAAAAGAGUUGACGAUCUCUUCUGUUCAUGCUAUUUGCUACAUUUAGUGGCAAAUACAUUUCUGAACAAAUAAUUUUUGUGGUAAAUACAAAUCCACACCAGUAAAGGAAAAAUUGAGACCAUACAUGAAAUGCAUAAUCCAAACAGGACUUAUUAAAAGAUAUUCUUAAUAGUUGAUUAAGGCUUAAGAGGGCUGGAAAUGAGAAUAGCUGCAAGUCUUCAAGGAUUAUAAUGAAAAAGAUGACUUUCCAGAUUUUCCUUUUUGUUCAGAAAAUCUCUGAUGUAUGCCAGUGGUGCUUUAUCUAUUUCUUUUGCUACUCUGGGAUUCUAGAGCAGUUUUUGGUGGGGAAACCAGAUACUAUCUCUGUUUCCAGAACAAUGUUUUGGAAUAUUUUAGCAUUUUACUGACUAAUGUAGAAAAGAACAUUCAAAUUAACAAGAUCAUAGAUCAAUUUGAGGCAAGUCUAGCCCUAAAGGCAAAAGAAUCAGGUAGAGAUGGAAAAGCAUGCUAUUUCUAGUUUAUUUCUAGUUUCAAGGGAGGGAAAGAGUUUGGUUCACUCCUUGUUUAACUUUGUAAAUUUUUGGAAGUGUUCUUAUAGAGACAGAGGCCUGUUCUCCUGGCUUUGAGUGGACUCUGAAACAUUAUUCUGUAAAUUUCUAAAGGAUUAUUCUUCUGCAUGGGUGGUUAUUAGCUCAUAUGGUCCUCAUGGCAAAAGACAGAACAAAGGAGCCAUUAAUUUUGUUCAUGACCUGAAUUUCAUAUUUAACAUUAAACUAUCUUGAACAGCUAGGUGGCGCAGUGGAUACAAAUAUCUUCCUAAAUUCAAAUCUGGCCUCGGACACCAAUUAGAUGUGUGACCCUGAGCAAGUCACUUAACUCUGCCUCAAUUUCAUUGUCUGUCAAAAGAGCCAGAGAAAGAAAUGGCAAGCACUUCAGGAUCUUUGCCAAGAAAAUCCCCAAAAUGGUCACAAAGAAUUGGAUACAACUCAAAUGGUUGAGUAAAAAAAAAAACAGUCUCUAGGCUUGAAAGUUGGGGUUCUUUACUUUUCUUGGGUUAUGGGCCCAUAGCAAUUUGGUGAGACCUAUGGGCAACUUCUUAGAAUAAUGUUUGUAAAAUGUAUCAAGGAAAACACAAGAUUACAAAGGAAACCAAUUAUGCUGAAAUAUAAUCAUCAAUAAUUUAUUUAAAAGUUCAUGGACCUUGGGUUAAGAACCAUUGCUUUAAAGCAAGUAAUGGGUACUGAAAACAGGUUAGCAUUCACUCAUGCAGGGCCCUUUAGUCAAUAUUUUAUAAGUUAGACUCUCUUGCUUCUACAAGAUGAACCAGCAGUUUCAAACAAUACAGUAGGGUAUACAUACCUAUACAUUUUCUAGCUAGCAAUAUCAAUUCAAUAUAUUCAUAAAGGAAAUCUACCACUUACAGUUUGAAAAAUCCCAAGAAGCAAACAGAUCCUCCUAUUCCUUAGAGGAUGGAUCACAACAGCUUUAAACCAGACAUGUAAUCAAUUGAAAUAGUUAUAAUUUAGCUGGCCCUGCCACACUCCCGCUAUGCCCUUCUUCAAUUAAUCCUCAUACCACUACAUGGAAUUUCUCACCGUUCUGCUCACUCUGCUCCGGAAAUGUUUCUGCUUGUCAAUGUCUUUCUUUAAAAUGUUGUGCUCAGGAGCGGAUGCAAUAUUUCAGAUGUGUUCCAUCCAGGGCAAUGAGAAAACACUUGACUGAAAAUGAAAGAUGUCCCUGGUUCAAAGUCGGGUGCUUCCUUUGGGUCCAGAAAAGGGGAGCGUGGCAUAAUGGGGAGAGCCCUGGAUUUGGAGAGCAUUUGGGCUCAGAUCUUAAUUCUGCUGAGGGCUCCUUUUGGGAUAGCCAUUUCCCUUCUCUGGCCUCAGUGUCCUUAGUUUUUAAAAUAAAGGAAUUGAAUUAGAGACUCUCUUAGAUCUCUUCUGCCCAUAAAUCAAUGGUCCCAUGACUUUUACCUUCCUUGCUUUGCACGUGAUAUUUCUAUUAAUGCAGUUCAAGAUCACAAGAGUUCUUUUGGUUGCUGCAUCACGCUGCUGGUUUUUUCUGAGUUUGCAGAUGACUAAAAUCCCUGGCUGGUCAUCUCAUGACCUAGAAAAGGUCACAUCACAAUUGUGUACUUGAAGUUUUCAUCACAAAUGCUAUAUGCUUCAUUCAAGUACAUCUAUGAGCUUAUCAAUUUGGAUAUUCUUUCUAACAAUGUAAAUCAUAGCUCAUCCAAGUCUUCAUAACCCAUGUGAUCUUGAACAUUUUCUCCCAUAUAUUAGAGUUUUUAGCUCCUUGAGGGCAGAGAUUGUCUUUAUUUUUAUUUUUUAUCUCCAGCAUUUAGCAUAGUAUCUGGAACAUAAUAGAUUCUUUUUUUUUUUUAACCCUUACCUUCCAUCUUGGAAUCAAUACUGUGUUCAAGGCAGAAGAGUGGUAAGGGAUAGGCAAUGGGGGUUAAGUGACUUGUCCAGGGUCACACAGCUGGGAAGUAUCUGAAGCCAGAUUUGAACCUAGGACCUCCUGUCUCUAGGCCUGAUUCUCAAUCCACUGAGCUACCCAGCUGCCCCCCAUAAUAGAUUUUUAAAAAUAUUUAAUUAAAUAAUUUAGAAUAAUUUGCCAUGGUUAUAAGACUUAUGUUCCUUCCCUUCCUUUCCCCCACUCCGCUCCCAUAUAUGACGCACAAUUCCACUGGGUUUAACAUGUACCACUGAUCAAGACCCAUUUCCUUAUUAUUAGUAUUUGCACUAGGGUGAUCUUUUAGAGUCCACUUUCCCAGUCAUAGCCCCACCAAUCCAUGUGAUCAAGUGGUUGUUUUUCUUCUGUGUUUCUUUUCCUACAUAUCUUCCUCUGGAUGUGGAUAGUGUUCUUUCUCAUAUGUUCCUCCAAAUUGUUCUGGAUCAUUGCAUUGCUACUAGUAGAGAAGUCCAUUACAUUUGAAUUUACCACAGUGCAUCAGUCUCUGUGUAAAAUGUUCUCCUGGUUCUGCUUCUUUCACUCUGCAUCAAUUCCUGGAGGUCAUUCCAGUUCACAUGGAAUUCCUUCAGUUUAUUACCCAUGAUAGAUUUUUAAUAAAAUGUUUAUUGAUUCAUUGACUGGCAUUUGCCACAUAAGGUUCACCCAAGGUUCCAGAAACUUCUUUGCCUUCUCCUGCAUUGGAGAGGAUACCAGUGAAAUAUCUAGUCCCAGGUUGGCAAACCUAUGGCACGUGUGAUGGAGGAGGCUAUUCCCCUCCCCCUCUCCACAUGCACCUGAGCACAUUCCUCAUUUCUCCUACCCUUCUGCCCAGCAGCCCAGUGGGAGUGCUUCUCCCUCCCAUGUCUGGGUUAAUAAAGGGGUGGCUCACAUGUGGCAUGAGGGUACAGUUUGGGCACUCAGUCUCUAAAAGGCUCACCAUCACUGAUCUAGGCAAUCCAUCUCCCAUCCCUUGCUCUUACUCCAUGACCAACAUAUCUUUUUUCUAUCUUACAUUUCACUGAUGUUAUAAUUUAAUCUUGAAAUUCUUUGAGUUUCUUCUUUUGUUUUAUACUCUGCUCACAUCCACAAUGCAUCUCUCCAAUGCCCUUUUUGUUGUUUUCAUUUUUAGUUCUUUAGAGAUUGUUGAAUCGCAUAUCUUACAGCUAUUUCACACACAGGUAGAGUAUUGGCAUUAAAAGGAUGGAUCUUUUGUUUCUGGAAGACAUUUGAGGUCAUUAAAGGAGCUUUAAAAUUACCUAAAGACAAUCCAUCCCUCUCUACAUCCUUUUUAAUUCUAUGCCUAAUUAGUGGUCCAUUUGUUCUGUUUGUUAUAUAGAUAUAUGUGUGUAUUUUAUACAUAUAUAUACAUAAAACACUAGAUAGAUAAUUCUAUAUGUAGAUAUAUAUGUAUAUAUCAUAUAUACAUACAUGUUUAUAGAGAGAUAUUUUGAGAUACACACACAUAAACAUACAUACACAAACCCUGAUAAGAUCUAGAGGCUAUUCAUGUAACUGCUUGUCAGAAUCUUAAUUAUCCACUAAUAUUUUUUUUGUUCUAUAUGGAUGGUCAGUAAAACCUGCUUUGAGUAAGUAAAAAUCUCUUCCAGGACAUAUUGCUUUAUUUCAGGGCUUGAAAUCCGCAGAGAAGGCCUUUUCAUUUGGGCUCUGUGCUUUACUGUGUUCACAGAGGUGAAUAUCUUUUGGAAAAUGUUUUCUUGCUUUACAUCUCACAUGAUGCUUAUGUUCAUAAUGUCAAUGAACAAGGGUAUCUGUUCUAUAUUCAGGGAAUAUUAAGUAUUUUUAAUAUAUGGCUAGAAAACAACUUAUUGGGAAAAAGCCUUUAGGGUGAUUACUAUAUUGAAUGGAAAGCUUUUUAUAAUCAAUAAACAAUAAUCAUAAUAGUUUCUUACAUUUUCCACAUCUAGCAAACUGUGUGAUGGUAACAACGUGGCCAAUUAUAAAAUAUCUCUCUUUUCCCUAUUAAUACCUCAAUGGUGCCUUUGAUUUAUCUGGAGGUGAUUCCAAAAGUAGGUCAGUCUUUAUCAAUGUUCUCUCAGUUAUUGUUUCAGGAGGUGGUAUUAAUGUAGUCUGAGUUUUUUCCCUACUCUUUAGUAUUUUCCUCUCUCAUAUUUUUAACGGGUCAGUUUUGUGCUUUCACAAUUGCACACAGACUUCUAUAUAUAUUUGGUCUAAUCCAUUGGCUUUUCCCAUCUUUUUUUUUAGUGGCAUUUUUAUCUUCUCUGUAAGCCCAUAUGAAACUGGGCUAUUAGAGUUCAAAUAUGGUGACUCUAACUGUCCUUGAUGGUAAAAAUAAUUUCUUCUUUUUUUCCCCCCUAAAGUCCUUACCUUCUGUCUUAGAAUCAAUAUUCUGUAUUUGGUAGGGGCUAGACAAUCGGAGUUAAGUGACUUGCCCCAAGGUCACAUAUCUAGAAAGUGUCUGAGGCCAGAUUUGAAUCUAGGAUCUCCCAUCUCUAGGCCUGCUUCCCACUCCACUGAGCAAAAUAAUGUCAUAUAAAAAUGUUUUGUCAACUUCAGUCAACAAGCAUUUACUAAAUACCAACUACUAUGCUGAGUACUGGGGAUAGAAAGAGAGGAAAAGGACAAAUUCUUGCUAUCAAGGAGCUCAUAAUGUAAUGGAUGAGACAAUGAAAACAAUUAUGUAUGAAUAAGAUUUAUACCGAAUACAUUGGAAAUCACCAACAGAGGGAGAAUUUUUAGAAUUAAGGAAAAUCAGGAGAGGCUUCCUGUACAAGGUGGGAUUUUUUCCUGGGAGGAAAGUCAGGGAAUCCAGGAGUGGAACUGAGAAAGAAGAGAGUAACAAGCAUGGGGGGAUAGUUGUUAAACAUGCUCAGAGCCUGGAGAUGGAGUGUCUUGUGCAAGGAGGUCAGUAUCCCUGGAUCACAGAAUAUGCGCAGUUAAGUAAGGUAUAAAAAAACUAGAAAGGUAGGAAGGAGGGGGAUAGGUUAUGAAAGACUUUGAAUAUGAAACAAAGGACUUUAUAUUCAACUCUGGAGAUGAUAUGGGUCAAUGGAUUUUAUUGAAUGGGGGGAGGAUAUGGGAAGAUGAAUUUUUGGAAUAUUUGAUGGCUGAAUGAAGGAUGACCUGGAAAGGGGAAAGAUGAAGCAGGGUGAACCCUCAAAAGGCUACUGUAAUAAUUGAGGCACGGGGUGAUAAGGGCUUAAACAAGGCUGGUAGCAUUAUUAUAGGAGGGGAGGGCAUAUAAGAGAAAUGUUAUGAAGGGGAAAUCAAUAGAACUUGGCAACAGACUGGAUAGGGGGUGAGAGAAAGAGAGGAGUUGAAGAUCAUAUUUUUGUUGUAGGCUUAGAGACUGGAAGGAUGAUGGUGCCCUUCAGAAUAAUGGAAAUUUGGAAUAGAGGAGAAUUGGUGGAAGGGGCAGGGAAGAUAACAAAUUCAGUUUAGGCAAGCUGAGCUUAAGAUACCUACAAAACCGCCAGCUCAAGUUUAAUAUUUAGUCAGCUGGAGAUGAAAAACUAGAGGUCAGGAGAGAGGUCAGGGCUGGACAAAAAGCUCUGAGAAUCAUCUGCAUGGAGAUGAUAAUUGUAUCCAGGGGGGCUAAUAAGAUCACUAUGCUAUGUAGUAUAAAGGAUGAAGAGAAGGUCCACAAAAGAACUCUGGGGGGACCCCAUUAUUAGUGAGGAUGACAUGGAUGAAAAUCCAUUAAAAGAGAUGGAGAAGGAGCAGUCAGACAGGUAAGAGAGUCACAUCAUGAAAUCCUAGAGAGAAGAGAGUAUAGAGGAUGAUUGAAGUAGCAAAGAUUGCAGAAAUGUAAAGAAGGAUGAGGAAGACCAAGAAAAGUCUAUUACCUCUACCUGGGCAAUUAGAGAUCAUUGGUAACUCUGGAGAGAGCAAUUAUAAGGUCAGAUGUCAGAAUUAAGAGAUUAAGAGGAAAGAAAAUGGAGACAUCAAGAUAGCCUUCUCAAGGAGUUUAGUCACAAAAAGGAGGAAAGAUAUGGGAAAAUAGCUAGCAAGAAGGGACAGAUCAAAUGAGGGUAUUUUUGUAGACACUAGAGAAGCAGCUGGUAGACAAGGAGAAUUGAAGAUAAGUGAGAGAACAGGGAUGAUACUGGGAGCAAUCUACUGAAGAAGACAGGAUGGAAUGAAAUCAGUUAUACCGGUCAUAUUUGUCUUGGCUUGGAAAAGGGCACCUCUUCUCUGGAGUCAAAGGUUAAGGAAAUUAUGGGGGUAAGCAUCUGAAUGGUGGUAUAGGGAAGAAGGGAAAAGACAGAGGGCUCUUAAGGAAUGGCAAUGUUUUCAGCUGAUGGGAAGGGAGAUUAGAGAUCUGGGGAAAGAACUAGGGGAAAUUUGAGGAAAGACAAAAAGGGGCAAGUCACUUACCAUUUUUGCCUAGACCUUAAUACCGUUCUGCCUUAGAAUUGCCAUAUUAUUGAUUCUAAGUCGGAAGGUAAGGGUUAUUUUUUUUAAGUGCAACAAGGGUUACAAAGAGUAUCCAAGGAAGUUGUUUCUUUAUGGGGAUCCAAAAAAAAUCUAGUCUUGAAACAAAACAAAACAACAAAAAACGUUUCAAAGAUAUGAUCAUGUAGCAUAAUUGGGCAGGUUUGUCAGAUAUGAGAAUGAAUUAGGUUUACCAACAUACCAGGGCAAACCCAGGUCUUACCUCAUGCAUGCUUAUUAUUGGAUGCAGCUGGUUAUGAACUGACCUUGUCCCAAUCCCAGAACACAAACUGCCUGAGGAUGGUCAAGAUGGUCCAAACCAGUUUUAAAUGGUUCUAUUGUUUCUUUGGACACUCCCUUUGCUGACCACAGUUUUGACCAGAUGUCAUCACUUCCCAGCCUUUUGGUUAUUUUUAUAAAAUCACUUAACCCUCCCUAUGGCUGCUCCUCCUGAGCACCGCUUCCUGUGAAGUUUAUUUAUUUUUUAUUUAAUUUUUAAUUUUUGUCUAUUCCUUUUUUAAUUACAUGUAGAAAUAAUUUUCUAAACAAUUGAGUUUUUAAAAAAUCUUUUUGCAAUCCAAAUUCUCUCCCUCCCCCUUUCCCCUCUCCCCUCCCAAUGAUAAUCUGAUGAUAUAGGUUAUUUCAGUGUUAUCAUGCAAUACAAAUUUCCAUAUUCCUCAUGUUGUGGAAGAAGAUACAUAUUGUACAUGCAAGAAAAAAAAACUCAUGAAGGAAAUAAGGUGAGUAAUGAUAUGAUUCAAUCUGUAUUCAUUUUCUGACAGUUCCUUCUAUGGCUGUGGAUAGCACUUUUCAUCAUGAGUCCCUUGUGGGUCUUAGAUCCAUGCAUUGCUGGUAAGAGUUUAGUCCUUCACAGAUGAUCAUCGUACAAUAUUUCUGUUACUGUAUACACUGCUCUCCCAGUCUUGCUCAGUUCACUUUGCAUCAGUUCAGACAAGCCUUUCCACAUUUUUCUGAGAUUAUCCUAUUUGUCAUUCCAUAAAAAUAUUCUAUUACAACCUUAUACCACAAUUGUUCAGCCAUUUCCCAAUCAAUGGAUAUCUCUUCAGUCUAAAUAUCUUUUCUACCACAAAAAGAGCUGCUACAAUUAUUUUUGUAAAAGUAUAUCUUUUCCAUCUCUUUGGGAUACAACUCUAGUAGUGGUAUUGCUAGGUCAAAGAAUAUUCACAGUUUUAUGAUCCUUUCGGCAUGGUUCUAAAUUGCUCUCUAGAAUGGUUCUAUCAGUACCCAGCUCCAUCCAUAGGGUAUUAGUGUUCCAAUUUUCCCAUAUCCCCUUAAGCAUUUAUCAUUUUUCCUUUUUUGUCAUAGUAGUGGUAUCUUGGAAUUGUUUUCAUUUGCAUUUCUCUAACUAAUAAUGAUUUGGAACAUUUUUUAUGUAAUUAUGAAUGGUUUUAAUUUCUUUAUUCAAUAAUUGCCUGUUCAUAUUCUUUGUUAAAGCACAUUUAAAUGUGGCCCAUUCUGCCCUUCACAAGCACUCCUCUUACUACUACUCUCUCUAUCUAUGUACACUUCUUCAAUAAUGAUAAAACUUUUAAGAGUUAGUAAUAUCUUUCCAUGUAGGAAUAUAAAUAAUUUUACCUUAUUGAGUCCCUUAAAUUUUUUCUCUUUCUUAUUUAGCUUUUUAUGCUUCUCUUGCAUUUUGCAUUUGUACAUCAAAUUUCCUGUUUAAAUCUGGUCUUUUCUUCAGGAAUGCUUUCAAAUUUUCUAUUUUAUUAAAGCCCUUGAAGAAUAUAGUCAGUUCUGAUGGAUAGGUAAUUCUUAGUUGUAAACCCAGUUCCUUUGCCUUCUGGAAUAUCAUAUUCCAAGUCUCACAAUUUUUCAAUCUACAAACUGCCAGAUCCUGUGUAAUCCUGAUUGGGGCUCCAUGAUAUCUGAGUUUCUUCUUUCUGGCUGCAUAUGGUAUUUUCUCCUUGGCCUGUAGGCUCUUAAACUUGGCUACAAUAAGUCAUUUGGAGAUUUAUUGCAGGAGGUGGUCUGUAGAUUUAAAAAAAUUAUUUUACCCUCUUUCAAGAAUAUUAGGGCAGUUUUCUUUGAUAAUUUCUUGUAAUAUGAUGUCUAGGUGGUUUUUUAAUCAUGAUUUUCAGGUAGUCUUAGAUUGUCUUUCCUGGGUCUAUUUUCAAUGACAGUUGUUUUUUCUAUGAGGUAUUUCAUACUUUCUUCUAUUUUUUUCAUUCUUUUGAUUUUGUUUUAUUGUUUCUUGAUGUCUCAUGAGGUCAUUAGCUUCUAUUUGGCUAAUUCUAAUUUUUAAUUUUUUAUUUUCUUCCAUGACCUUUUGAUCCUCCUUUCCCAAUUGGUCCAUUAUACUUUUCAUGAAACUCUUUUCUUCAUUGGACUUUUUAACCUCUUUUUCCAGUAGGUCAAUUCUGUUUUUUGAGAAAUUAUUUUCUUCAUUAUAUUUUUGUGUCUCUUUUUCUAUUUGACCAAUUUUGUUUCAUAAUCUGUUAUUUUCUUUUUUGUAUUACUUUCAUUUAUUUUUCCUAUUUUUCUUCAACCUCUCUUAUUUGAUUUUUUGAAUUCCUUUUUGAGCUCUUCUAGUGCUUGCAAUCAAUUCCUAUUUUUCUUUGAAGUUUUACAUAUGGCUACUGAGUCUGUGCCUUGGUCUUCUUUGUCUACUUAGAAAUUUUCUAUGGUUUGGCGUUUCUUUUGCUAUUUGCUCAUUUCCCUUUUUUUCCAGCCUUUUUUGGACUAGGAGUUUUGAAAACGGCUGAUUUAGUCUCCUCUGCUGAUGGCUUGCAAAACUUAGCUCACAUGAACUUUUUUUGUUCUGGGGCUAGGGGCUUCACCACAGACUUGAAAAGGUCAAGUGCUUUGGACUUCAAAAUCUUCCUGAAGGGUGGUGCUAGGGCUUGGGACUUCAAGAGGUGGGUGUGGAGUACUCUGCUGUUGGCUUAGGCAGGGUUCUGGUGUCUUAAAGUUGUCUUAUGCCAAGGUUUAGAACCUGGGUGGCCUGUACUCCUCUGUGAGCAGUUUUACUUCCAGUUCCUCUUCAUCCUAUGAAAAUAGGCUCUCUACCUAUCUUUCAAGUUAUUUUCCACAGGAGAGUUCCUUCAUUCCACCCUCUUGUUAGUUCUGUGACUUCAGACAUUUUGAGGCUCUAUUUUAAGGUUUAUUUGAGAGAAUUCUCAGAAUGUUUCCAGCUUUCUCUGCUACUAAGCUAUCAUCUUGGCUCAGUGCCCCACCCCCAAAUCCCACUCCUGUACUUUGGUGCUAUGUGGUGUCCCUGAUUUCAAUCUCCUUGCCUUGAUUAAAGACCCUUGUUGUUGCUAUUUUGGUAGUCCUCUUUAUUUCAUGUUAACACUAUAUUGUCAGAUUGAUGGAAUGGAAAAUACCUUCCAAUAUUAAUUUUGCUUUUUUUCCAAUUAACAAGUUUUUAUUUUAUUUCCUCUCUACGAUCUUCCACCUCCUACAAAAAAGAACAGAAAAAAAGAAAAGAAAAAUAGAGCCCAAAUGACAAAUAUGAAUAGUAAAACUAAACAAAUUCCUCUACUGGACAUGUCCAAAAAGGGCGUCUCAUUCAUUGUUUUCAAUCUAUCACUUCCAUGCCAUGUCCAGAGAUUCUCUGAGUCCAAAUUCAGUGUUUUCUCUACUAUAUCCUGAUGCCAAGGUCUCUUCAGCUCUAAAAUUAUUUGAUCCACUGUAAUUUUAACUUUAUCUGAAGAUCUAUCAUUGUAUUUACUGUUCUCAACAGUAAUUAUCACUGCUAUUUUUUCUAAGUGACCCAUAUUUGGUCCCAAAUUUUAUGAGGGGCCAAAAUGAACCUGAUGCUUGAGUGGCCACAUUAUUCUUGGGCUAUGUGAAAAAUAAAUCCCUUUCUUAAAAUUCA